UUUGCAUUCAAUGAUGAGGCUCUCGGAACCAAUGCUAGACAUGGAAAUGGCAAACUACAGUGAAGUUUUAGAUCCGACGUAUACGGCACUGGAGUUCGAAGCUAUGCAGAUUCUGUAUAAUGGCAAUGACAGUUCAGGAGAAGCUGUCAACAUGAACGCUGCUGACAAUGGGGUCAGUAGUCUCUGUGCAAUUUGUGGAGACCGAGCGACCGGAAAACAUUACGGUGCUUCCAGCUGUGAUGGAUGCAAGGGAUUCUUUAGACGCAGUAUACGGAAAAAUCACGUCUAUACAUGCAGAUUCAACCGGCAAUGUGUUGUUGACAAGGACAAAAGGAACCAAUGCAGAUAUUGUCGUUUAAAAAAGUGUUUUCGAGCAGGAAUGAAAAAAGAAGCUGUACAAAAUGAACGGGACAGGAUAAGUACAAGAAGAAACGCUUUUGAUGGCUGCAACAUUCCCUCUAUUAGCACGUUGUCACAAGCUGAGGCACUCUCCCGUCAGAUCUCAGUCUCCAGUCCUGGUGCUAGCACUGACAUCAAUGUUAAGAAAAUUGCUGGUAUUAGUGACGUCUGUGAAUCUAUGAAGCAACAACUUCUGGUCCUGGUAGAAUGGGCUAAAUAUAUUCCAGGCUUCUGUGAAUUACCACUGGAUGACCAGGUUGCCCUGCUAAGAGCACAUGCUGGGGAACACCUGUUGCUUGGAGCAGCAAAACGGUCCAUGGCAUAUAAGGACAUUUUACUUUUAGGCAACAAUUACAUAAUCCAUCGCAACAGUACUGAAGUAGAGAUCAGCCGAGUGGCAAAUCGGAUUCUAGAUGAAUUAGUUCGACCCUUCCAGGAAAUUCAAAUAGACGACAAUGAGUAUGCUUGCUUGAAAGCGAUUGUGUUUUUUGAUCCAGAUGCAAAAGGCCUGAGUAAUCCAAUGAAGAUUAAGAACAUGCGAUUCCAAGUCCAAAUCAGUUUAGAGGAUUAUAUUAAUGACCGUCAGUAUGACUCCCGAGGAAGAUUUGGAGAACUUCUUCUUUUACUGCCUACACUCCAGAGCAUCACUUGGCAAAUGAUUGAGCAAAUACAAUUGGUUAAACUAUUUGGAAUUGUUAAAAUUGACAGUUUGCUUCAGGAAAUGUUACUGGGAGGUACUUCUAAUGAUGCCAGUCAUCUGCAUCACCCAGUGCAUCCUCACUUAGCCCAAGAUCCAUUAACUGGCCAAACUAUCCUCAUAAGUUCAAUGUCUGCUCCUGUACAUACAGAACAGAUUUCAACUCCAGAAACUCCGUUACCUUCCCCUCCUCAAGGCUCUGGGCAAGAAUACAAAAUGUCUACAAAUCAGGCUUCAGUCAUUGCACAGCAGUCUAUUUUGAAACAAAAACCAUUGUGA